UGUUUGAUAUAAUCGCCAUUAAAGUAUCAAAAAACAAAAUCGGGGUCAGUGACGAUAGCUUUUGCGUUAGAAAAUCGCGUUGGAAUUUCAGUCACCAGCAACCAAAACCAGAAAUAACUGCACAGCUUAAGCUUCUGUAUUGUAUUGUAUUGUUUUGCAUCGCCCAGCCCCAUGUUGGUGUUCUUCAUUUGCGUAUUGGUUUUCUUCAUCUUUCUGUACAAAUUCCUCACCGCUUAUGGCGAUUUCACUUUGAUGUCUAAGAAGCAACCUAAACGCGAAGAAAUUGAAGAUAAGGUUGUUUGGAUUACUGGCGCUAGCCGUGGAAUUGGGGAGAUUUUGGCUAAACAGCUUGCAAGUUUAGGGGCCAAGCUUAUAAUCUCUGCGAGGAAUGAAGUUGAGCUAAGCCGAGUAAGGACACAACUGAAAGGUAAGCAUGCACCUGAUGAAGUCAAGAUUUUACCAUUGGAUUUAUCCUCUGGAGAGGAUUCUCUAAGGAUAGCUAUUGAGAAAGCAGAAUCCUUUUUUCCGGAUUCCGGUGUUGAUUACAUGAUCCAUAAUGCAGCUUUUGAGCGUCCUAAAACAUCAAUUUUAGAUGUAACUGAGGAAGGUCUUAAGGCUACAUUUGAUGUCAAUGUUUUUGGGACAAUAGCUCUUACAAAGCUCUUGACACCUUUCAUGUUAAAGAGGGGGCAUGGUCAUUUUGUGGUGAUGAGUAGUGCAGCAGGAAAGACACCUGCCCCAGGUCAGGCUGUAUACUCUGCUUCCAAAUAUGCGCUCAAUGGUUACUUCCAUACCUUGCGUUCAGAGCUCUGUCAGAAAGGGAUCCGAGUUACUGUGGUCUGUCCUGGUCCAAUAGAAACGUCAAAUAAUGCUGGAUCAAAGGUUCCAUCUGAGAAGCGUGUGUCAUCUGAAAGGUGUGCGGAGCUGACUAUCAUUGCUGCAACCCAUGGCUUAAAGGAAGCUUGGAUAUCAUAUCAGCCUGUGCUUGCUGUCAUGUAUCUUGUUCAGUACAUGCCAUCUGUUGGUUAUUGGCUCAUGGACAAGGUUGGCAAAAAUCGAGUAGAAGCUGCCGAAAAGAAGGGAAACACAUAUUCUUUGAGCUUACUGUUUGGAAAAAAGAAGGCCACUUGAUGCCCAUCUGUGCAUGGUUUUCAAAGAUUUGUAUCAAAUAUAUUUUAGUUAAAGGUUCUCUAUCAAAAUGAAUAACACCCUUUCUGGCAAUUGACAGAAUAGUGUUAUAUAUUAUUCCAAAACGAACAAUGAAGGUUUAUAAACUUUCAGUGGGCGAGCCAUUCUGCAAUACUCCACAUUACUUCUCAAAUACAGAACAUUUUUUUUA